CACUUUGGAACUUGGAAGAAUUCAAUGAGACAAGUUAGCCAGUAGCCAGUUGACAGUAGACACUUUCACCUGCUUCAUUGUCUUUAUCUCUAUCCUCUUUUUCCCUUCUUCCCACACUUUCACUCACAAUCACAAAAUUCCCAUGUUCCAAUAAGAAAAUCCCAAGGAGUUUAUAUACUUAAUAAUAGUACAAUAAUCAGUUCAAUUAUAGCACAAAAAAUAGCUCAGAAAGGUGAAUUUUAUUAAGUUUUAGUGUAAAUUGUGAAUCCCAUUUGCUUGAAAAAGGGGAAAAGGUGAUUUUUUUUGAUAAUCACAUAGUUUUUUUGUCGAGAUUUGAACCUGAGACGUGAGGUUCGGAACCAAUUCAUUGAUCACCAGGCCAGGCCUUUGGAAAAAUUGGUUCUUUUGUGGACCCCACUUUACUGAAUUCAAGAACCAACUACUAGUCCUUGUUGAUUUUACUGUGUUUUUGGAGAAAAAUUGAUUUUUUUUGUAUGCUCAAUUUACAGAAUUCAAGAAUCAAUUACUAGUCUCUUGUUGAUUCUACUGUUUUUGAUUGGGGAAAAAUGGAGGGGUGUGAUCAAGAACGGUGGCUGAGCUCUAUGGUGGAGAUGGUGGUGGUGGAAGAGAUGAAAGAUUGAAUCUUUCGUGACCCCACUUCACAGAAUUCAAGUAAACUACUGUGUUUUGGAGAAAAAAAUGGAGGGGUGUAAUCAAGAAUGGCAGCUGAGCUCUAUGGUGGUGGAGGAGGAGGUGAAAAAUUGAAUCUUUAGACCCUCCUUUACAGAAUUUAAGAAAAUUGAUUUGUCUGUGUGUUGAUUGGGUGAAAAAAAUGGAGGGGUGUGAUCAAGAACGUCGGUUGAAGGCGGUGGAUGUGGUGGUAGAGGAGGAGGAGGUGGAGGAGAGUAGUGAUGAUUGUAGUUCAGAGGAUGAAGGAACUGAUGAUUAUAGGAGGGGAGGUUAUCAUGCUGUUAGAAUAGGUGAUAGUUUCAAUGGAGGUAGAUAUGUGGUUCAAAGUAAGCUUGGUUGGGGUCAUUUCUCUACUGUUUGGUUGGCUUGGGAUACUCUUGUGUCUCGAUUCGUAGCGCUGAAAGUACAGAAGAGUGCGCAGCAUUACACGGAAGCAGCGAUGGAUGAGAUCACCAUUUUAAAACAGAUCGCAGAGUGUGAUCCGGAUGAUAAAAAAUGUGUUGUGAAGUUACUGGAUAAUUUUAAACACUCGGGUCCAAAUGGGCAACAUGUGUGUAUGGUUUUUGAGUAUUUGGGUGACAAUCUCUUGACACUUCUUAAGUAUACUGAUUAUCGUGGACUGCCUAUUCAUAUGGUCAAAGAGCUGUGUUUUCAUGUUCUAGUUGGAUUGGAUUAUUUGCACAGACAGCUUUCUAUCAUACACACCGAUUUGAAACCCGAGAAUGUACUGCUCUGCUCCACAAUUGAUCCAUCUAAGGACCCCAGAAAAUCUGGAAAACCUCUUAUACUUCCUAGUCAUAAGGAUAAAGCUACGCUGGAUGGCGGGCCUCUGAAGGGUUAUGUAACAUCAGAUGAAAAUUUGAUUAAGAACCACCAUAAGAAGAUUAGAAGAAAGGCCAAACAAGCAGCUCAAUGUUUUGCGGGAAAUGAAGCUUCUCUCGGGACUAAGGCUGGACAAUAUUCCUCAGCUUCUGCGGAGUCAUCAAAUGGUCCGCUUGAUUCUUCUGUUAGUGCUAAUAGAAUGUCAAAUGCCGGUGCUGCAACAGGCAGCGGGAAAGAAUAUGAGGGUCCUCAGAAAGGAAGCCGUUCUACAAGGAGAAAGUUGUUGGAAUCGGUCGACCUAAAGUGCAAAGUCGUUGACUUUGGCAGUGCAUGUUGGACGUACAAACAGUUCACAGAUGAUAUUCAAACUAGACAGUACAGGUGUCCUGAAGUUAUCCUUGGAUCAAAAUAUUCAACCUCAGCAGAUCUUUGGUCUUUCGCUUGCAUUUGUUUUGAGCUUGCAACUGGCGACGUGCUAUUUGAUCCUCACAGUGGUGAUAACUUUGACAGAGAUGAGGACCACUUAGCACUGAUGAUGGAGCUUCUAGGAAUGAUGCCACGAAAAAUUGCCUUAGGGGGUCGUUAUUCACGUGAUUUCUUCAAUAGACAUGGUGACUUGAGGCACAUCAGACGGUUGCGCUUUUGGCCUUUAAAGAAGGUCCUGAUAGAGAAGUAUGAAUUCAGUGAGCAAGACGCAAAGGACUUGUCUGAUUUUCUGGUCCAAAUACUUGACUUUGUCCCUGAGAAACGGCCUACUGCAGCUCAGUGCCUUCUCCAUCCGUGGAUCAACGCUGGUCCGCGCCUGUUGGAACCGUCCUUGCCUGAUGCACAACCUAAAGCCGUUGAUACUCUAAACUCUGAGCAAACCAAGAAACGGAAUGAAGAAGAGCGGGAGGCAAUGGAGGUUGCGAUGGAGAAGAUAUCUAUCAACAGGAACACAAAAAGUUUCAGAAGUUACUCGGUCAGAUUCUGAUACUGAGCAGUUUCAACCUAUGUUGUUCGGACUUUUCAGAAAUGUCUAUGCGUGUCGGAUCCUCCAAAAGUAAUGCAUUUUUGUAGGAUCCAACGCAGAUGCGGCAUCAUUUUGGAGAGUCCAAGCAAACAUAGGUUUUAACCAGUUCAUCUUGAUACAUGUCCAAUCUAUAUUACCCUGGUACGAACAUGCCCUUACAUCAUCUUCCUCCAAGAUAAUGUUCGACGGUGUGCUCUACCGUUCAUUAGAAUAGGGAACCAUGCAACUCUUCUUACCAAAAACAACGAACCUACUACUCAUCCUAGGAAUUAUCAGGCACUAUAAAAGAGUCCGUCCCCUCUCUUUCUGUCUCUCCGAGUUUCUACUACUAAGUAGCACUUCUGCUAUUCAAUCUUCUUCUCGUUUGAACGAAUCCCAAGGUUUCACAAUGAGGAUGUUACAAGGUAAAUGUGCAAGAGUCGUCCCCUCUGUGUGUCUAUUCGAGUUUCUACUACUAAGUAGCCGUUCUGCUAUUCAAUCAUCUCCUCGUUGAACAUAUCCCAUGGCUUCACAACAACGCUACUACAAGGUAACUAUGAAAGUGAAAAAGGUGUCCGCGGGGACCAAGUAUACGAGCAGCUCCAGAACAAGCAUGCAAAGGACACUGCAGAUUUUCGCGGUCCUGAACAUUUAUAAUUCAUUACAACUUAUACUGGUAAAGAGACAACUAUAGUACACUUUGUUUCUUGAAUCCUUCUCUAUGUCUACAUGAAAUUCAUACUGAUAUCUAUACGAUGCUUAUCGCGAGCGUUCUAAUAUAAAGUUUCAUUUGUUCA